AUGGGGAAGGACCAGGAACUGCUGCAGGCGGUGAAGACCGAGGACCUGCUCACCGUGCAGAAGCUGCUGCAAAGGCCCCGUCCAGGGAAAGCAAAGCUCCUCGGUUCUGCAAAGAAAGUGAAUGUCAACUUCCAGGAUACAGAUGGGUUUUCUCCGCUGCAUCAUGCGGCGCUCAAUGGGAACCUGGAGCUUAUCACUCUGCUGCUGGAGUCACAGGCUGCUGUCGACAUCAGAGACCAGAAAGGUAUGCGGCCGCUGCACUACGCAGCGUGGCAGGGGAAGGCGGAGCCUAUGAAGAUGCUGCUGAAGUCCGGUUCAUCUGUCAACGGCCAAUCAGAUGAAGGACAGAUUCCUCUCCACCUGGCAGCACAGCACGGCCACUACGACGUGUCGGAGAUGCUGCUGCAGCACCAGUCCAACCCGUGUAUUGUGGACAACGCAGGCAAAACACCUCUGGACCUGGCCUGUGAGUUCGGCAGAGUUGGGGUGGUCCAGUUGUUGCUGUCCAGUAAUAUGUGUGCUGCUUUGCUGGAGCCCAAAAAAGGAGACACCACCGACCCCAACGGGACGUCUCCUCUCCACCUGGCUGCCAAGAACGGACACAUAGACAUCAUCAGACUGUUGAUCCAGGCAGGUAUCGACAUCAACAGACAGACCAAAGCGGGCACUGCCCUGCAUGAAGCUGCCUUGUGUGGCAAGACCGAGGCAGUGAGACUCCUGCUGGAAAGUGGUAUCAACGCCACGGUGAGAAACACCUACAGCCAGACUGCACUCGACAUCGUCUACCAGUUCACUGCAACACAAGCCAGCCGAGAGAUCAAACAACUGCUGAGGGAUGCGUCAGCGGCCCUUCAGGUUCGGGCUCUGAAGGAUUACUGCAACAACUAUGACCUGACCAGCCUAAACAUCAAAGCAGGAGACGUCAUUACGGUUCUGGAGCAGCAUCCUGACGGACGCUGGAAAGGCUGUAUCCAUGACAACCGAACAGGAAACGACCGGGUGGGCUACUUUCCGUCCACCAUGGUGGAAGUCAUCAGCAAGCGCACAGGUUUGGCCAGCACAGUCAUUUGCACUCAACAGUUUCAAAAGAUACCGCUGGUUCCUCCGGCGACGGUUGCCCCUGCCAACGCGGUAGUCAACGGCAACGACACCACGUUCCAUCAGAUCCAUAUCCUGCCUCCACCGCCUCCUCCUCCACCACAUUCCCAUCAGCCACUGCUUCCACUUUUCACUUCCUUUGGCUAUAGCAAGUCGCCCGUGACAACCCCACAGGGAGACACACCCACUGCCCCAGGUUGUCGCGGCUCAGAGGCAAGUCCUCACAGCUCUCCCACCACAUCCCGCGGGCCCCAUGGAGGCUCCAACGAAGAGAUCUGGGUACUGCGCAAGCCCGUGGCAGGUGGAGACCGCAGCAGUGUGGGUAGUUCUGGCAGUGUGACCAGUGUGAGGUCGUCGGGCAGCGGUCAGAGUGCCGGCAGUGCACACAUCCUCCAUGCACAGGCUGAAGGGGUUAAGCUUCUCGCCACAGUCUUGUCCCAGUCUGCCAAAGCCAAGGAGCAUCUACUGGAGCAGUCCAAGUCUGUGGACCAGCCUGCAGCAGGCUCCGCCAGCUCCUCUCGGACAUCAAGCCAAUCGGGAUGUCCUCUCCACGAAGCGCCGCCUUACGAUGCCACGGCAACCAGGAAGGGGGAGGGGCAAGGCGAGGGGAAGAGCUCAGAGGCCGUUGUCCAAUGGCUGAGCGACUUUCAGCUGCAGGUCUACGCUCCAAACUUCCUGGGCGCUGGGUAUGACUUGCCCACCAUUAGCCGAAUGACCCCGGAGGAUCUGACAGCUAUUGGAAUAAGUAAACCAGGUCACAGAAAGAAGAUGACAUCAGAGAUUAACAAACUAAGUGUCACUGAGUGGCUGCCUGACCACAAACCUGCUAGUCUAGGAGAGUGGCUGUCUGCUAUUGGUCUAAGCCAGUACCACCAGGUGUUGGUGCAGAACGGUUACGAGAAUAUCGAGUUCAUCACUGAUAUCACCUGGGAGGACCUGCAGGAAAUAGGCAUCAUCAAACUGGGCCACCAGAAGAAGCUGAUGCUGGCGGUGAAGCGACUGGCUGAAAUGCAGCGCGGUUCAGACGGCCGGGGCUCGCUCAGAAAGAAGCCCCCGCCAAUCACACAGCAGCAGGACGUCCUGUCCAUGGACAGCCCGCCUCCAGACGAGGUCAUGUCUCCAAAGAUGAGCACUUUCCAGGACAGCGAGUUGAGCACCGAGCUGCAGAGUGCCCUGAUCCAGCCAGGUCAGGAGGUCAAAGCUCAGCGAACACGCAGCAAAGACCAUGAUGAGGUGAUGACCGGAGGGGGAGGAGGUGCUGGGCCACCUAAGAAAGAGGCGCGGACUAUGAGGCAGCAGAGCAGCCAGGGAAGCAGCUCCUCCCACAGAGGCAGCACCUCCUCCCAAGGCAAACACCGUCACUCCCACUCCCAGCCUGCGCCUCCCUACACGCCCCCUCACACCCCUACCAAGACUAGAACCUCAUCUUCCUCCUCCACCUCCUCCGUCCAGAGCACAGCGUCCCCGCAGGCCAAACACAAGCCGCCCCCACAGUUCAUCCAGGGGGAGAGGCCUCAGUCGCCGCGCUCCCACCCCCCUCAGUCUCCAACCCAACGCGGACCUCCGUGUGCUCAGCUCCCGCCCCAGCAACCCCAACAACAGCAGCCUCAAGUCCAGCCGCAGCAGCAGGCACACCCUCAGCACCAUCCACAGACGCAGGCGAUGGAGGUUAGGGAGAACCAACAGCCACAGGUGCCGCUGCUCUGCCUCCCGCCAGAGGCUGAGCUGGCUGAGAGAGACGGAGAGGAGCCUUCUGCGCUGCAGAAGAAACGCUCCCACAGCCUCAACCGAUACGCCGUCUCAGAUGGGGAGUGCGACGAGAGAGCAGGAGGAGUUGGAGGGCGAGAGGGAGGUGGAGAGGGGGAAGCAGAGGUGGCGGGAGGUCAGGGCUCUGCCACCGUCAGAGGGGACGGAGUUAAAUACGCCACAGUGACCCACCGCGUCAGCCGCAGCCACUCGGUCCGCAACCAGGACAAGAACGCCAACCGCACCCUGACGCAGUCCUUUGCUCUGCGUCAGAAGAAAAAAGGCCCUCCCCCGCCACCACCCAAACGCUCUAGCUCUAACAUCUCCACCUCCAACUCCAACCUGACGGAAGCCAACACACUGCCGCACACGCUCACCACCACGGGGGGGAUGCUGGACGUGCCUUACCACCAACAGCGACGGGCCAGCGACCUGGGGGUGUCCGUAGAGACGGCUGCCGUGGAGACGAGCAGCGUGGGUAGUGUGAGGAGCAUCGCCGCCAUGUUAGAGAUGUCUUCCAUAGGAGGUGGAGCCAAAGGCAUGGCACUGCAGAGGAAUUUCCUGCAGGUGGGGAAAACACGCGAUGCCAUUGGUCUGGACGGUGAAGUGGUGAACCGGCGGCGGACCAUUAGUGGCCCUGUCACUGAGCUGGUGGCAGCUGCCAGGCGUGAACAACCAACUCCCUCUGCUUUACCCUCUCCCUCCGUCCAGCCUGAAACCUCCCCUCCCCCUGUAAAUUCCUCCUCCCCAAACCCUCCGUCCUCCCCCCACCCCAGCUCGGGAGGCAGUUCAUCAGAGAACCUGCCGUUUGCAGAUGAGGGAAGCCUGACCAUCCGUCGCCAAGGACGAGGAGAAGGAGAAGGACAGUGUGUAUUUUGUGUUUGUCUGCAGGGAGACGGUGAGGGUCCCCAGGGAGACGGGGAUUACACGCAGGAGGACAUCUCCAGGGUUGAGGCCACAGCGACCUUAAAGCGACGGCCCCGCAGCUCCAAGCCCCACCCCAACGGCUCCGACUUCACCCUCCAGGAGUCGUCCACCGUCAAACGGCGGCCCAAGAGCCGCGACAAGGAGCCAGAGGGCUACGCAGACCUGGCUGCUAACGGAGAGCCUGUGGGGGCCGGGCAACCCAACACCACGCAGCCAGUACCCUACCAGAACGGCACGGCCACAGUGAAACGCCGCCCGGUGUCUGAUGCCGGAGUGACAGAGCAGCCGCAACCUCAACCUCAACCUCAACCUCAACCUCAAUCUCAACCUCAAUCUCAACCACAAGUGACUGCCACGCCCCGCAGGGACAGUGUGGACCAAGGUGCUCCAGUGGCCAAUGAAGCAGGCCCUGUGAGAAAACCAAAGCCUCCAGUCUCCCCGAAGCCUGUGGUGGCACAGAUAAAGAGACAGGGAGGCCCACAGUCCCCCCCACAGCCGAUCUCCAACAAAAGAGUCCCCCUGCCUGGCCCGGGGACGCCUGGAAGCCCAGUGAAUGGAAAGAAGAUCCCUCCACCUGUGUCCCCUAAACCGGCGCCCCCACCCACGGCACCCAAACCGGCCAAGCUCAUCCACUCCAUGACCAGCCCCCCCUCCCCUAACCCGGCCUCUGCCCCGGUCAAGCAGCACCAUGCGGUGGCCCGACAGACCAGCUCACCCCGCUUCCCCCCUUCCAACAUCCCCAGCCCGCCAAACGCCAAGCCACUGAGCCCGUCUCCGCAGAGCCCCCACACCCCGCAGACCCCCACUACACCACAGACGCCCCAGACUCCCGCCACUCCCAGCCCGACCCCGGCACCCGUCAAGCCCCCUCGCUCCUCCAUCGGUGGGGUGUCGGUGGACACUGGGAUGGCGGGAGGCGGGGUCACGGUGCCGGCCGCUACGACACCGGAUUUCGGUGUGGAUUCAUUGGUGCAUCAGAAGCUGGAGGAGACAAGUGCGUCGCUGGCCGCCGCUCUGCAGGCCGUGGAGGACAAGAUACUGCGGCAGGAAGACUCUGUGGAUGAGCAGAAGACCACGGUUAGCAUCCUCGACGACAUCGGCAGCAUGUUCGAUGACUUGGCCGACCAGCUGGACGCCAUGUUGGAGUAACCGCAGGAAGCAGUCGGCGUGUCUCCACGGCAACGCUGCAUCAGGAGUGACUCAGACGGCACAAUGGGCAAUACGCCUCUCGAACUCUCUCUCCUUCCUUUCAUCCUUCUCUCUCUGCUCGCGCUCGUCGUCUAUCUCGCUCGUCCUGUCGUCCGUCGCUGCUCUGGAAAAGCUCUUUUUCUCCUCCUCUUCCUCUUCCCUUCAUCUCCCGUCGCCGAUGAUGAAAGUAAUGACGGAGCAGCGCCACAGGCCUGGACAGACGUGUGGCAGAGAGGGUGCAAGAAUGAAGAACGGAUAAAGAGAGAGACACCAAAAGAGAGAGGGUAAAAAAAAAAAAAAAAAAAAAAAGGACCAAAAACAAAAGAAUAAAUCUAAAGCUGGACAGAUGACGAAAUGCAACAAAACCGCAAUCAAAACGUGGGUCGUUUUCAGAACUCCACAUGGACUCUACGAACAAAUAAACUAAAGUAAUACCGAUUGAAAAAACCCCAACUGUGUUAACCAAUCAUAGUAUGGUAUGUGUACAUUCUAAGCAUGGAGAGUUUAUAUCUACUGAAAAAGUCCUGCAUUAGCACAGUAAUAUAUAAUAUAGCGAUAAAUAUGAAUCUCUAGCUCUUUGGUUUGAUGUCUUGGUUCUGUGUGGAAUGGUGACCUCUGGUGUUGUGACGAUGUAAAGGACUAGGUGGAAAGAUUUUUAUCUGUGACCAAAACGAGACUAUUCAGCUCCUGAAGCGUGUGUGCGAGUGUGUGUAUAUGUGUGUGUGUGUGUGUGUGUGCGCGUGUGAGCUUUUGUGGAUUGUCAGAAUUUCAGGAUCAAAUUCAUUUUCCUCUCCUGGCUGCGUUCAUACACUCUGCUCCAUCCUCAUUAUCACCCCGUAACAUAGACACACACCAACAGGAGAAGCACAAUGACCUAUGCAGCCGACUUGCACACGCACGCACACACACACGCACACACACACACACACACACACACACACACGGGAGCCUGCACAAUAUCAAUUCAAACAGGAAGGGGAGGGGAGGGAACUGCAGCAAGGCUACAGCAGGUUGUCUGAAAGCAGAAGUUAGGUCUUGGGGAUAACGUUGGCUUUUAAGUUGUGGAGAAGGAUUUCAGGAUGCUGUUCAAGGUGCAACGUUUUAGCGAGGUAAGGUAGUAGGUAGGUAGUAGAGUUGGCCAGUUUUCAGGAGGAUGGGUCAAAGGUCAGAUUGGGCCCAGUUGCAGCACAAAGCAGCAAAGUCUAGAGAGAGCUAAAUUCAGUUUCAAAUCAUUCCUGAUACCUGCUGCUAUCUCAGAAGAAAACAAGGCUAUAAAGCAACACACACACACGUCAUAUGUUCCCCACACUCACAACAUUGACUAACCUUUUGAUUUUGAUUGCAAUUCAAACACUUUUAAGUAGGAAUGCACAGUGCCUGAAUUGGACCGGGGAAAAAAAGAAGUGUGCCAGCACCCUAAUUCAGCAGUUGCCUGAUAUGAUCAGCGCACGUAUCUUGGAUAUAUUUAUAUUUAUACGUUUAUCUUGCAGGUUGGACGCCCGAAUAGUCGACUAUUCAAUGAUUCAAUCUAAGGAGGCUUUCAGUCUCACAGUCACAUCGUCACGGUGUCUGAAAAUGUGGUUGUGAUCAUUCCGUUCGGGCUAUAUGGUGAAUGUCUGAUGAUUUGAAAAAAGAUUUGCUUGUUUUCUCAUAAUAAUCAUAAUAUAUAGCCUACUUUGGUAUAAAUGUCAGCCAAAGACUGUAUACAGUAUAUGAUAUCAGCCGAAUAACGGGCUACUGUUAAUGACAAUUAGAAAUAAGGGUACUCGUGUGGACAAAAAUCAGAAGUGCUAGUACUCAGUACAGCUAAGUACUGGCCCAUUUCAGGCACUGGGGGUGUGUUGAUGCAACUUCUACUCUUCCGAAACCUUCACUCAGGGUCUCUGCUGGAACAGAUUUCCGAUCUAGUAGUAGUGCUCUCUUUGAUCCAUUAAAAUACUCUAAUUUGAAUAGUUAUUUGUGUCUAGUUUUUACUACAGAAAAUGUAAUUUACUGUGGUAAAAAAAUCUUAAAAAUACAUGAAAAAUCCUGGAUCUUUAAAUAUAUGCAUAUAUUUUUACAUGAUGCAAAAACCUCAGCCUGUCAGUCAGCAGCUUGCCUUGAGUGAACACUGAAUUUGUAUACUAAUACUGAUUAAAUAACUAUUUAAUGUGGAUUGGUCACAUCUGGCUGAGCCAGUUAAUAAGGUCAGCUACUGGUGCAUCCCUACUUUAAAGACCCUGUAUUCAUUCAUACUUUUAGGAUCAAUAACUAUCCUGAAUCUCUAUGUGGGAUCCCUAAAAAAAAACAAAUUCAGCAAAUAAAAAGAUUAGAAUAGGAGCGAUAACCUUCCUGACAACCUCAGUGGAUAACCGUCCUCUUUAAAUCUUCAUCGCUCCCAUCCCACACUCUCCUUAACCAUCCACCCUGUGUUGCCAUGACAAUCUACAUCAUCAACCUCACCAUCCUCAUUGUCAUCACCAUAGUUACUACACAGUGUUGCCAUGACAUGGGAUAAAAAAUAAAAAUGCUGAUGGAGCAAGCAGCAGCAGAGAUCUGUGAAGCUGUUUGGGAUGGUUUGUUUCAGUGAAACGUUUAAAGGGCCACUCCAGCCAUUUUUGUCCUGCACUUAUAAAGGGCAUGGUAUGGGUCAAGCUCCAAAAGAACUGGAUCCUACACUUCCCAUAAUGCAUCUAAAUGGUGUCUCUUACUAGAUCCUUUCUGCCUGGUAAACGCCCAUAUCUUUCAAACUCCGUAACGCCAGUUUGUAACGCAGGAUCUCAUUUUUUAAAAUAAUAAUUCUGAUGACAUCACUAUGACAUCAUUCUGGAUUUUUACAAAACUCCUCCAGAGGAUCUGUUUUUCAGGGGCGGAGCAAAGGGGGUGGCUUCUGGGGCUCCAGGCCCGAAUGUUUUCUUAAAAGGCACAAAUCUUUAAGGGUUUUAAAAUAACUUUUUGUCAUUUCCCCUCAGUUUCUCUGACUGGAGCGGCAAAUCAAUGGAGCACAAGUUAUAUAACCGGAGAAAUAUCAUAUAUCAGCCAUUCAUUCUGGGAAAAUGUUUCAAGAUUAGUAAUGCCAGUUCAUGCCAAAUUCCUACCCUACCCAUGUUAAGUAACUUCAAAAUAGUAACAUCAGGCAGUUUCUGCCUCUUUUUAGGUGGCAGAAGUGAAACGUAAGGCUCCUCAACAUCUGUUGGGUUCUGGUUUCAGAAUGAUGAAGACAGUUGGAAAACAAUAGAUACAAAACAGGAUGUCGGCUCUGUAGGAUACUUUUCCUUUGCAUGUGGCAAAUGGCUAAAAAAAUGUGCAUACAGCUGCCGUAAAUGGAGCAUCCACCAGGACCCCCCCCCCAAGAUUUAGGCUGAGCCCCGAAAGUUUACAACGUCUGGCUCCGCCCCUGCCGUUUUCAAAAGCUGAGCUGUACUAGACUAGUAAACCUAUCUUCAUGUGUAAAAUUGGUGGAGUGCCCCUUUAAAUUCCUCAAACACAACCAGAAACUGCAUCCAGCGAGCUGCUAGGCUCUGAUCUACCAUAUGCACCGCGGUCCAUUAAGAAAAUCCAGGUUUCACAGUCCCAUAGCAGCCACACUCCUUAUAUAAAUGACUACGAAUUCAGAGAAUAGUUGUGGUUUUUAAAUUAUGAUCAAAUAGAGAUUAUAUAUAUGGAUAUUUGCAACAAACAAAAAAAAAAGUGUAUUUAUGAUGUGUGUGUCAUCCUGAAGACUAUUUUUCAAAGUAAACAGAUCUAAUCUGAGUGUUGAGUCAGUUUGCUUCUCCAUGCUUAAGUGGUCCAAGCUGAUGAAUCAUUGUAGGUAACCAUGUUGGGAUAUUUCCAGGUUUGUGAGUUUUUUUGUUUUUUUUCAUGUUUUCCUCUGCCUACAUGUGUCCAGGUGUGGCGAUGUGUAUAAUACAAGCAAUUCUUGUUGUUCCGUUUUAUUAUUUUUGUAUUAUUUUAAAUGCAAUGCUCUGUUUUUUCCUUUGAAACAUGUGCCUUGCUUUGUGAUUUUGGUCUGACUACAAUACAGUAGAUGGGUAUGUACAAUAUAUGAGGAUCUCUCUCCUGUUCUGUCAUGCAUUGGUAGUUGACAUGUCAUCAAAAAAAAAAAUAUGGUGCCCCCCCACCCCCUCCCACCAUCACCAACGAGAUGAGAUAUUUGAAACAUAUACAUUGUACAUCUUUUUGACACUUGCUGUUCAGUAAUUCAUCAGUAAUACAUACCAAAUUAACGUCUCUCUCUCUCUCUCUCUCUCUCUCUCUCUCUCUCUCUCUCCAUCUGAUUGGACAAUUAGAAAGUAACUUAUUCCAAUUAAACAGCCACAUUUUGGCCACUUCACACAAUGCGUUUACACGCUGGCAGGAACAUGCAACGUGUGAUCUAUCUAUUUUAUCCGAACAUAAAAGGUAGUAACAGCGCACCAAUUUGGAAAAUGUGUGUUUUUAAUGCUUUCUUGCUGAGAGUUAGAUGAGAAGAUUAAUACCACUCCCUUUUAUAACGUACAUUGAACUCUCGGCAAGAAAGUGACUGUGUAUUUUCGACUACUUUUGAAUGUGGAUUUACUAAAAACAUGCCUGUAAUAAACACUAAUCAGUCAAAUGUCAGUUAUGAUGGUUGGUACGGCUGUGCAUUUGAAUUUUCUUACAUCUGGUCCCAUCUGUCUGACUUUUCCAACCUGAUGUUUAUGUGGAAUUUCCAAGCAGAAAAAGCAAGUUCUCAGAAUUGAUUUUGUAGCACAUGAAUCCAUGGCAACGUCCUGUGAUCAGAGGCUGUACUGUAACAGAGGUCAAAGGUUAACUCUAGUUCUCUCACUUAACUUCUACCACACACACACACACCGGCCCUGUCCUGCUAAAGCUUUUAGCCUUUUCUCCUCCUUCCUUGGGUCUCACUUUGGUCAUUUCUCAUGUUGUACGCAUUCUUCUGAGGUGUGUUUGAGGCUACAAAAGUGAAAUACUGCAAAUGGUGAAGGAAGGAAAAAAAACAAACAACACAGAUGGUCAAAUAUGUUAUGGAACAAAAGUACAGUUCAUUUUCUUUCCGAACAAAAGAAGAAGCCAAGCUGUUUUUAUUUUGGUUUUCCGCUUGUGCUUAUCUGAACACAUACCGGACUGGAGUCUCCUCUGCAUUGCAGCGACUCUAUGUGAAUGCUUGAGAGAGGCCGAGUGUGUUAAAUGUUGCUCUGCUAUUGACUGUGUGAAACCUGUGUGUUUGUGUGUGUGUGUGUGUGGUGUGUGAGUGAGUGAGUGAGUGAGUGAGUAUGUGUGUUGUAGUGGCUGGACAGUGGUGUGCUUGCAGUGACUGCAUCUUAAGGCCAUCUGCUCUGAAUAAAUAAAUGUUCUAUACAAACUGCA